GGGACACUUUGUGCGUUUCUCUCUCUCACUCUGCCCCCUGCUCUCUCGCUCGCCGCAGCACCUGAUCUGGGGUUAUCCCCCCCUUCUUCUCCCCCCUCCUCCCUUCUAUCCUUUCCUUUUUUUUUUUUUUACAUUUUUUUUUUUUUAAUUUUCCCCUUUCCCCUGCGUGUGUGUGUGGGAACUUUCCCCCCCUCCCCCUGCCCCCUCCGCCGUAUAUGUGACCAUGGCCGUACCGGCUGCUUUGAUCCCUCCGACCCAGCUGGUCCCCCCUCAGCCUCCGGUCUCAACUUCUGCCGCCUGCACCACCACCACCACCACCUCCUCGUCGGCCACCUCCUCUCCGUCUCCGUCCAUCGCUCCCCCGCCGGCCGCUUCGGGGACAAACCUAUUCCGGCCGGAGCCCAUCGCAGCGGCGGCAGCGGCGGCCACAGUCACCUCCACCACCAGCGGCGGUAACGGCAGCAGCGGCGGCAGCGGCGGCGGCAGCCCCAGCCUGGGCACCGGCGGCGGCAGCAGCAGCGGCGGCGGCGGCAACGGCGGCACCUCCACUCCCAAUGCCAGCGCGGCCAGCGCGGCCAGCAGCUUGCCCGGCAAGCCGGUGUACUCGACCCCGUCCCCGGUGGAGAACACCCCCCAGAAUAACGAGUGCAAGAUGGUGGAUCUGAGGGGGGCCAAAGUGGCCUCCUUCACCGUGGAGGGCUGCGAGCUCAUCUGCCUGCCCCAGGCUUUCGACCUCUUCCUGAAGCACUUGGUGGGGGGCUUGCACACGGUCUACACCAAGCUGAAGCGGCUGGAGAUCACGCCCGUGGUCUGCAACGUGGAGCAGGUCCGCAUCCUGAGGGGGCUGGGGGCCAUCCAGCCCGGGGUCAACCGCUGCAAACUCAUCUCCAGGAAGGAUUUCGAGACCCUCUACAACGACUGCACCAACGCCAGUUCUAGACCUGGAAGGCCUCCUAAGAGGACUCAAAGUGUCACCUCCCCAGAGAAUUCUCAUAUCAUGCCACAUUCUGUCCCAGGCCUAAUGUCUCCUGGAAUCAUCCCACCAACAGGCCUGACAGCAGCAGCUGCAGCCGCAGCAGCUGCCACCAAUGCCGCCAUAGCAGAAGCAAUGAAAGUGAAAAAAAUUAAAUUGGAAGCUAUGUCCAACUAUCAUGCAAAUAAUAACCAGCAUGGAGCAGACUCUGAAAAUGGAGAUCUAAAUUCAAGUGUCGGGUUGGAACUUCCUUUUAUGAUGAUGCCUCACCCGUUAAUUCCCGUGAGCCUACCUCCAGCAUCUGUCACCAUGGCAAUGAGCCAGAUGAAUCACCUUAGUACCAUCGCCAACAUGGCGGCAGCAGCACAAGUGCAGAGUCCUCCAUCCAGAGUCGAGACAUCUGUUAUCAAGGAACGUGUUCCAGACAGCCCUUCUCCUGCUCCUUCUCUUGAAGAGGGCCGAAGACCUGGCAGCCAUCCAUCCUCUCACCGAAGCAGCAGCGUGUCCAGCUCUCCUGCACGGACCGAGAGCUCUUCAGACAGAAUCCCUGUCCAUCAGAACGGGCUAUCUAUGAACCAAAUGCUGAUGGGUUUGUCACCUAAUGUCCUGCCUGGACCUAAGGAGGGUGAUCUGGCUGGUCAUGACGUGGGACAUGAGACAAAAAGAAUACACAUUGAGAAAGAUGAGACCCCGCUCUCCACACCAACCGCAAGAGACAGCCUUGACAAACUUUCUCUAACUGGGCAUGGGCAACCACUACCUCCGGGUUUUCCAUCUCCUUUUCUAUUCCCUGAUGGAUUGUCCUCCAUAGAGACCCUUCUGACUAACAUCCAGGGUUUACUAAAGGUUGCUAUAGACAAUGCCAGAGCUCAAGAGAAGCAGGUCCAACUGGAAAAAACAGAGCUGAAGAUGGAGCUCUUCAGGGAACGAGAACUGAGGGAAACACUUGAAAAACAGUUGGCUGUGGAGCAGAAGAACAGAGCAAUAAUUCAGAAAAGGCUAAAGAAGGAAAAGAAGGCAAAGAGGAAAUUGCAGGAAGCACUUGAAUUUGAGACUAAACGACGGGAGCAAGCCGAACAGACACUGAAACAGGCAGCUUCAACAGAUAGUCUCAGAGUCCUAAAUGACUCUCUGACCCCAGAGAUAGAAGCUGACCGCAGCGGGGGCAGAACAGAUGCUGAAAGGACAAUACAAGAUGGAAGACUUUAUUUGAAAACUACUGUCAUGUAUUGAAUUUUUCCUGCUGAAGAUACCUGUGCUACGGUAAAGAACUUUACAGUAAGACAUUGGCUCAUAAGGAGUUCUGUGGAAACAAAGCAUUUUCAAGCCAACUUCCUCAACUUCAUUUAUCAAUGUUCUUCAAAAAUGUAAAGAAUUCUGCAAGAGUGUCCUCCUUUGGUUGUCUCCUGUGGCUCAACCCGGAGACCUUGAGAAUGUUUGUAAAUGUACAGUAGCACUCUUCUUACAGUGAAAAUCUGUGUCUCUGCGCCGGACUAUUGUAUCCAAAAUUACAGGCAGGUCAGAACAAGGCUGAGUAUUCCCUUUUUCAAGGAAUGCAGACUCUGGCCUCCUCUGAUGAUUCUGUAUUUGAGCACAUCAAAUGAUCCUUCCAGCGGUGUCCAAGUACACUUACAGACUGUUAAAUCAUACCGAAACCAGCAAGACAGCUCAGAAAUGAACUUGUAGAGGGCAUAUGAGGAUUCUUAUUUAAAAAAAAAAAAAAAAAAAAAAAGGAAAAAAAAAAAGGCAAAUGAAAAAAAAUUGCUACAUUCAGUUUUCAAACUAUGAUCGUGGGUUUUCUUCUUAAAGACAUUUUUUCCACAUGCUUUCCAAGAGACCAACACAUGUAUGUUAGACUACAUUAAGUGAAAUGGAAUUUUGUGUAAGUGAAAAGAAAUGCUGAAUGUAAACAAACUGCUUUACUGUUCACAAAGUCUCUUUUCCUAAAAUAAAAAAAUGCGAUCAAAAGAGUAAUAAUUUCUCGUUGUAAACUGGCAGGGGUUUAUGAAAUGAAAGACUUUGCUUCUUAUCAAACUGUUGGUCACAUGUACAGUAUAUAACACAAAUCACACAAGGAAGGUAUUAUGUAUGCAGUAGAAAUCUAGAGUUUAGGAAAUGAAAAUUUUAGAUAAUAUUGUUUUGUCACCCUGUUGGUCAGAAAGACACCUUUCUAGUUUUAACGCAUGCAGGCAUGUAAAUAUUUGUCCUGAAGUCACAGUAUUACUGAAUGAGAUCUUAAGCAUCUGGUAACAAGUCAGAAUUCUGUAUCAGCCACUUUUAUUUGUAUAUUGAGCCCUGCUUAGUGCCCUGAUUAGUGCACUUUUAAGAAUGGACUGUGGCUGAGCAGCGAGUCAAAAUGCCAGAAAUAUUUUUAUAUGUUAAUGUCAUAUUACGUCAAUGUUGCUUAAAAAAAAAGGAAAAAAAAAAGAAAACCUAACAAACACUUGAUGUAUCAGUCCAAUUCCACGUAGAACUGAGUGAUACGGUUGAAGUCUAUUGUCCUUCCCUCCUUGUCUUAGGGGUGGGUGGUUAUGUGUUACUUUCACUGUCUUUAUGAAAGCUACAAUAUGUGUUUUCACCUUUGUGCUGAUAACUGGAAGUAAGCUGCAACACAGUGCUUAUUACAUUACGAAAAGUUACGUUCUUUGCUUUGCAUACUUUUGGGUUACCCCUUUAAAGACUGAUUUUGUGAAUCAGUGCUAUUACUGUAAGUUUUGUGAUUAUGCUUUCUUCAUCUAAUGUUUUAUGCAUAUAAAAUAUUAUUUAUUACAUGGAAACAUAUCAAAACCUUAAAUGUCUAAGAUGCCUAACUUAAAGCAAAUAUUUCUUUAAAAAUAGCUCUGAUUGGAUAUUAAUAUUAUUUUGUCAAAAAAAAAUCUAAUGUUUUGUAAACUCUAGCACUGAGCUUCUAUAGUUUGUAGGUCUUCCUUGCAAUACUGGUACACAUUUAUUUUGUGCAGUUCAUAUUUACUCCACCACAAGGUUUUUUUAACAGUAGAAAGAUGUAUAUACAAGUUCACAUCACGGUAAUUUUUUUUAAUAGAAAUAUUGAGCAAUAUUUUUCAUUAAAUAUUGUUACCUAGAUCUUUGUAGUGACAUUAUUUUCUAACCACAGUUCUUUCAUAAUUUUCAUAGUUGCUUGAACACAUAUGGGAUUCUGUACUCCAGUUUUUUCAUAUGCAGUCUUUAAAGGGUUAACAGCUGUAAAGUUAGAUGGACUUGUGGCAAGCUUUUCAAUCAUUCAUAUCUGAAAGAGAAUUAAAAGCCUACAACUGAAAUAUGUAGUAGCAUCUACCAUUGCUCUGCUCCUUGCAUAGAGUCACCUGUAAGUAGGUUUAGUAGUUUUACAGUAUAUACUUUCAAGACCUUUGGGAAUGCCUCAGUGUUUGGCUUGGUACCUAAAUGGAAAUGUUAAGGAUUAAGGGGGAACCAAUUUAUAAGCUGGAUGGUUAGAAAGAAUCUUGCUAAAAACCGUGUAAAUAUUACAGACCAUGAGAUGUUACCGUAAGUUGAAUUUUUUGCCCCUCUUUAGUUAUACAGUUUUGGGUUGGUAUUUUGUUUUUGGUUUUUGAUUUUGAUUUUUUUUUUUUGCAUAGAUUAUGAAGAAAAGUUGUGCUCAUGUUAUUGUUUAUAAGCUUUUGUAAUCUUAAAGAUAUUAAUGUCUAGUUGUUCUAUAUUAUAACCACAUUUGCGCUCUAUGCAAGCCCUUGGAACAGAACAUACUCAUCUUCAUGUAGGACCUAUGAAAAUUGUCUAUUUUUAUCUAUAUAUUUAAAGUUUUCUAAAAAUGAAAAAAGGUUAUUACGAAUUUUGUUGUACAAAAUCUGUACAAAAAUCUGUUUUUACAUCAUAAUGCAAGAAUUGGAAAUUUUUCUAUGGUAGCCUAGUUAUUUGAGCCUGGUUUCAAUGUGAGAACCACGUUUACUGUUAUUGUAUUUAAUUUUCUUUUCUUUUCAACAAUCUGCUAAUAAAACUGUCUGAAAUCUC